GCGCUACAGAAGACCCAUAUAUACAGAAAAUAUGUCUGAAAUCGAGUAUAGUGACCUUCUAUUUCAGAUAAGUACGAAAAUUGAUGUAAACCAAUUAGAUAGAUUGGUUUUUAUGUGCAGAAAGCUGAUCUCAGAAGGCAGUGAAGGAACGAUUCAAAAUGCACUCGGAUUAUUUAAAGAACUCGAGAAACAGGAUAACCUCGGAAUGGACCGGUUAGAAAAUUUGAAGCAGAUUUUGAAACAGUUGAAGAACCGACCCAUGCUCAAGAAGGUGGAAGAGUUUGAGAUCAAGAGAAAAGCUCAGUCACUUGGCAUCAUUACUUCAUUUAAGCAAGCCGCCGUCAAUUUGAAAGGAGCGAUCAAGAUGGUUUGUAAUUUUCGCACAAUUGGUGGUGCUCUCCUGGUAGUUAGUAGUGGCAUGGCUCUCCGUAGCUGCUCAACUCUUGACGAGUUUGUGGAGACCUUCAACAAAGUUGUGCUAGUUGCAUACACCAAACUGGUUGAGAUCAGUGAGGGAUCUCUGUGCUUCACAGUACAAGCAGAGACGCCAGCAGCUCUAAAGGAGUUAUGGGACAUCUACAAAGAUGGAACAUUGCAGAGACGUCUUAAAAAAUUUCUAGUUACCGAUGACAUCAAACAGUUGACAGAUGCGAAAGACAUUGAGUUGGCUGUUUUCAUCGAUGAAAAAGAGUAUGUGAUGUCAUUUAAUUUUCUGCAAAAUCAAGUGCCUGAUUUGAAAGAAGAGCGGUUUCGAAGGAAAUCUGACUCCUUCUUUCACAUCAAUUCAAAUCAGAGAGAGAUUGCUAUGAUGAGGCUGACACAAGUAGAAAACCAGUUGAGCUUUGAAAGACAAGUUCAUGGAGAGGAAAUAAAAAAACUCAAGGAGAAGAUUAUCCUGGCAAGAGGACCAAGGGGUAGGAUUGAUUAAACUCUACCUUUUGUAUGUAUCCUAUGCUCUGGCUGGGAUCAGUUACGGGACAAUGUGAAGAUUAUAUUUUAAAACACAUUUAUAUGGGAUAGAGCUCGGGAAUCA